AUGAGGAAACUAUGUCCAAAUUUUGAUCGAGAAGAUGGGCUGGAGACAGUUCUGGAGGUGCCCAUUCCGGAGGAAAUGUUCGCGGCCAUGGGGAACAACAUAGCCUUGCGGUGGGAAAAUAUGGCGACUUGGAUGAAAGCUCAAACUUCCGAUAAAUGGUCAUCUCCAAUUAUCGCCGGGCGCUAUAAUGAAUUGAGUUUUCUUCUUUUCAUUAUGGGAUCUCCUCUUAUCCCACUUCAAGUCCAAUUAGACCAAUCUAUCCAUCGUCCUGUUAGGCACGCUUCCAUUGAAGCAUCAACAGCCAAAUACAUCGUACAACAAUACAUAGCAGCAACGGGAGGACAGCAGGCUUUGAACUCGGUAAAUAGCAUGUGCGCGCUUGGACAAGUCAAAAUCAGUUCAUCAGAAUUUCAUCAAGGAGAUGAUUCAGUCAAAGUUAGAAACACUGAAGAAGCCGGAGGAUUCGUGCUGUGGCAGAAGAACCCGGACCUCUGGUGCUUAGAGUUGCUCAUCUCCGGUUGUAAAGUCAUCUCUGGUAGCAAUGGCAAAGUUUCUUGGAGGGAAUCCUCCAACCAACAAAGACCCAUUGCUAAGGGUCCUCCCAGACCCCUACGCCGCUUUUUACAGGGCCUGGAUCCUCGCUCUGCAGCCAUUUUAUUCAUAGAUGCAGUAUGCAUAGGAGAGAAGAUCAUAAAUGACGAAGACUGCUUCAUUCUAAAACUGGACACAAACCAAUCAACUCUGGAGGCGCAAAGCGGCCCCAAUUACGAAAUCAUCCAUCACACUCUGUGGGGAUACUUCAGCCAAAGAUCAGGGCUUCUCGUUAAAUUUGAGGAUUCGAGGCUGCUUACUGUGAAAACAAGUAGGGAUGAUGGUGAAGGAGUGUUCUGGGAGACGAGCACGGAGUCGGUGAUAGAGGAUUACAAGUAUGUGGAGGGUGUUAAUAUAGCACAUAGUGGCAGGACUUCUAUGACAGUUUUCAGAUAUGGAGAGCAGUCAGCAAACCACAAAAGAGAGCUCCAAGAAACUUGGAAGAUUGAGGAAGUUGAUUUUAAUGUCUGGGGUUUGAACUCUGAAUUUUUUAUGCCUCCUUCAGAAUUCCAGAGGAAAAAAUGA